GACUCAGCUGAGCUCAUAGGGAAGCAGGGAAUUGGAGAAAGCUUCUUAACCUAUUUUACAGGGAUACUCAACGUGUCUUUUGGUUCGCUAGACUCGUAUUGGUAAGAGCUUUACGCUCGGCUGCUAUUAAUUUGGUGUUUUUGUGCGGGAUGUGACAGAGGAAUAUUCCAGCAUCGCUGCUGUGAGGAUGCCAGGAGGACGGAGCGGUGGCCUUUCGGAUCGCAGCUCAAAUGCCGCUUUGUUCGCCGUCCAGACGUGGAUUGAUAUUUCAUUCAUGUGCAUCUGAAUUCAGUCCGUAUAAAGAGCAAGAGCGCAGCUCUUCGGCACCGCACGCAGCACCGCACCGAGUCCGCGGACCGGAGUUCUGCCGCCUCUUUUCUAUCAUUCCCUCUUUCCUGUUUUCACAGUUUUUUCUGAGAUGAAUCCUCCUCAGCUCUCUGCGGUGUUGGUGCUCAUGUUGGCCCAGCUGUGUGCAUCUUCUGUCGGUUGUCCUUCUGGGUGCCGCUGCUAUAGUUUGACUGUCGAAUGUGGAUCCAUCGGGCUCAAAGAGAUCCCGCAAGGCAUUGCACAGGGGACACAGACCAUCUUUCUACAGGACAAUGCCAUCGGACAGAUCCGUCAGCGGGAUCUUUCUGACCUCGGCCAGCUGCACUACCUCUACCUGCAGAACAACAGCAUCUCCACGCUGGAAGCUGGGGCGUUUAGAAACCUGGGUCUGCUUCUUGAGCUCGCGCUCAAUGGAAACCGCAUCCACCUGAUCACAGCUGACGUGUUCCGCGGCCUGGACCACCUGCGCAUCCUUUACCUCGCAGGAAACCAGAUCACCAGACUGGAGGACUACACCUUCCGCGGACUGCAGCGGUUGCAGGAGCUGCAUCUGCAGGAGAAUGCGGUGGAGGUGCUGGGAGACCAAGCUCUGGUGGGUCUGUCCUCUCUGGCUCUUCUGGAUCUGAGCAGGAAUAACUUGAGGACCCUGAGUCCCGCUUCACUCAAACCCCUCGUCAGUCUACAGGUGCUGAGAGUCACAGAUAACCCGUGGCGCUGCGACUGUGCUCUGCACUGGCUGCGCGGCUGGAUAAACGAAGAGGGUCAGAGGCUAUUAAGCUCAGCCGAGCGUCGGAUGCUGUGCGCCGAACCUCCGCGGCUUUCCCAUCUCAGUCUGGUCGAGGUUCCCGCAAAUAGCCUUGUUUGCAUCCCACCCGUAGUGCAACUGGAGCCCAGCCACUUGACCGUGCGUUUGGGAGAGAGUCUACGUGUAUCCUGCCAGGCGUCUGGAUACCCACAGCCACAAGUCACCUGGAGGAAAGCAUCCCAUGGAAAAGCCCAGCUGUCUCCCAGAGGUCUGGUGCAGGAGGUCGGGAUGGACGGAGACACCAAAAACGGCGGGAGGUUGGUAACAGCCAGGCCUGGCGGAAAAGGAGGGCCGGCGAGUCGUGGGCCAGUCCGAGGAGGAGCCGACGACGGAGGCGAUCGGGAAAGCUUCAAUCCUGAUACAGGAAGCGGGAUGCUGUUUCUCAGCAAUGUCACUGUGGCACAUGCUGGACGUUAUGAAUGCGAGGCCUGGAAUCCCGGCGGAGUGGCUCGGGUGACUUUUCACCUGUCGGUGAACAUGUCUUCGUCUUCAUCCCGCUCAGAAAUCUGGCCCCGACUGCAUUCCUCAUCUUACUAUCAUCCUUCCUCGGUGGAUGUAAGUCAGGAGCCGCUUUAUGAGCUUGAAAGCAUGGACUUCAACGCACUGGGGACCGCAACCCAAACAGCCAUUGCAGUGGGAAUCUCUCUUUUGGCGUUAACGGCGCUGUUGCUCCUCUGCAUGAUUUACAGUCGCCACCGCCAGCGGCAGAAAGAGGAAGGCGGAUAUGGUGCCAGCAAAGAAGAGAGCAUCCUCUACGUCAACGACUACUCUGAUGGUCCCACUACAUUCGCUCAACUCGAAGAGUACCGGGACGAACGUGGCCACGAGAUGUACGUGUUAAACCGCGCCAAACCUGUGCUGCCUCCACCGCCGUCCUGCAACCAACAGGGGUCGACACUAAAGGCCGGCGAGUGCAUGCUGACACCAGGCCGGGCCGUGGGGAUUGGACCCCGCAGGGCUCCCGCAGAAGGAGGCGAAGGACCUCCGCUUGAUCCCGAAGGGUUGUUCAUGAACCAGAGCUUGCUGUUUGACACGCAGAUCGCUUAUGAGAUCCACUGCUGAACUCGAUCACUGGAUAGACUUCAAGGUUCUUGCCAUCAGAUGUUAUCCUGCUGAGUUUAUUUUGUUCUGAGAGCACAAAUGUAUUUUUUUUUUUUAUUGGAAAGCAUUUAAGGAAUGACAUACUUUAAAGCUGCGUGUGGAGUUUCAGUGCCAUCAGUUGUCUGAAAGUCAAGGUAGCGGCUGAGUUAGUGUUGCUACACUCUUAAAAAUAAAAGUGAUACCAAAGAAGAACCAUUUUUGGUUCCCCAAAAGAACCUCUCAGUGAACAGUUCUUAAAAUGUGACCCUGGAUGACAAAACCAGUCAUAAGGGUGGAGAAUUGAGAUUUAUACAUCAUCUGAAAGCUGAAUAAAUGAGCUUUUGAGCCACUGAUGUAUGGUUUGUUAAGACAGGACAAUAUUUGGCCGACAUCUAUUUGAAAAUCUGGAAUCUGAGGGGGCAAAAAAAAAUCUAAAUAUUGAGAAAUUCGCCUUUAAAGUUGCCCAAAUGAAGCUCUUGGCAAUGCAUAUUAGUAAGUAGGAAAUUUACAAAAUAUCUUCAUGGAACAUGAUCUGUACUUAAUAAGCUAAUGAUUUUUGGCAUAAAAAAAUAGAUAAAUUUGUCCCAUACAGUGUAUUGUUGGCUAUUGUUACAAAUAUAGCCAAUCCACUUAUGACUGGUUUUGUGGUCCAGGGCCACAAAUAGCCUUUUUUCCUUGGUGUGAAGAACAUUUUAAUUAUCUAAAGAACCAUUUUACUAUAUGGGCCAUUAUUCAAAAUUGGUGCAAAACCAAAAAACACAUUUUAAAUGCAUUCAAAUCCUAGAUUUUUACUAAGAUCCUUCUAUUAUCUAUUGAAACCCACAAUAAUAUUUAAAAUAUUAGUAAACUUAUAUGUAUUUAAAAUCAUAAUUUAUUGGAUACUUUUAAUUGGGAGGUGGGUGUCCUGAAUCCUAACCUCUAAAUUUCAACUUAUGAAAAUGAUAUUAAAAUAUUUUUUUGUAUUUUUUUUCCCAUUGUUGUUUUUAAAAGUAUCUUUUUGAUUCUUUCAAAAAUUGAAGUUCAAAAAAAUAUUCUUUUUAUAUUUUCUUUGUAAACUUUAUGUAAAAAAAUGUGUCCUGCAUUUUCAGGUCACUACCGAAACAGUGUGUUUUGGUCCAUUG